AUGAUUUUGUUCAAGAACAUUCUAUUUUUGGCCGUUAUUUUCUGCAGUUUCUCGCAGAUUGAUGCAGUCGGAGAGCACAGAGAAAAUCCAUUUUUUAGCGAACACAUUUCAGGAUACCUUUUCAACGUGGGACAAAAAUCGUACAUUUCAUUUUACAAGCACAGAAGAAGAACAUAUCCAUACGCCGAUCCUGACAGGACUGUGGCAGCAAAGCUCCAGCUCAGAAUCAUCACAGAUAGAGCUCUGACACACGCAAUUUUCAUUUCAGACAGUUACAAGGAUCUCAAGGCGUGCAGACACAAACACUCGCAUUUUGACUCGGGAUCAGCAAAACAGUAUGAAAGAUGCCGCGCACUCCAGGUGAGAGAAAAGAAAAAUGUUCUUACGAUGGACAGGUACAAUAAGCACCCAACGUUCAGCUUCCUGAUCUCAGCCCCUGUGCUUCCUAAGUACCAUGCAUUCCGCAUAAUACAUGACAACAAGUGUCUAACUGUGAAGGGAAAUGGACAACUAGACAUGGAGGAGUGCAACUACCAUGACAUGUUUAAGAGAACAUACCAGUUCUUCGUAUGGGUAGAGGAGAGUCUGUUCAAUAAGAACUACAACCCGAUGGUGACAAUUGAUCAGAGCGAAAACCCCUCAAACCCAUACUACAUACGAGGCAUAAAACAGACUAUAUGGAAAAAGUAA